GAGCCAAAUUUUCCUCUGGCUACACUGCUUACACGUGCGUUUCAAUUUAACAUUAGUUGUUCUGUUUUUAUUAAAUAAAGCAUUGAAACAUGUCGCUUUUACGCAUCAGGAAACCAAAAACCCGCAAGGGAAAGAAGGUUCUGCUGGCCAGGGAGCCACAGUUGAUUGAAUCUGCCCGAACAAUGCUUUUUCUGGACGGACGGAAAUGCGGCGGCAAUGUGAAGCUGUGUAUGAAGGACCUUCAAGCGCUUAAGAAGCCUCUUGUGAAAGUGCUGAACCGCAAGAAUGAUAUAACACCCUUUGACGAUCCUUCCUCCCUAGAGUUUUUAACAAUGAAGAACGAUGCGUCGCUGUUUUCCUUUGGUUCCACAUCGAAGAAGCGUCCUGACAACAUAAUUUUAGGCAGGAUUUUCGAGAAUGAAGUGCUGGACAUGUUCGAGUUGGGCAUUAAGAGAUAUCAGGCCAUUUCCGAGUUCAAAAAUGAGAAGAUUGGCACCUGCGUGAAACCCUGCCUGGUGUUCAACGGACCACAGUGGUCACAGACUGAGGAACUGCGACGACUUCGAAACCUCUUCAUCGACACAUUUCAGCGGGAGAAGGUGGAGUCGAUUCGUCUCCAGGGAAUCGAGCAUGUCCUCAGCUUCACGGUGACCGACGACAUGAACAUCCUGAUGCGCUCCUAUAGGAUCCUGCUGAAGAAAUCGGGACAGCGGACACCCCGCAUCGAGUUGGAGGAGAUCGGACCCUCGGCUGACUUUGCCAUAAGGCGGACAAAGAUCGCCAGCGAGGAUCUAUACAAGCAGGCGCGCAAGCAACCCAAGCAACUGAAGGUCGGUAAGAAGAAGAACAUCAGCACAGACGCCUUGGGCAAUACCAAGGGACGCGUCCAUUUGGGCAAGCAGCAGACAGGAUCGAUUCAGACGCGACGCGUUAAGGCGCUGCGAAAGACCCCCGAGGAAAAGAAGGAAAACCGGCAGCGCAAGAAGGUAGCGCUGAAGACAGCCGCUGCCGAAGCUCUUGCAGCUUCGCAAUGAUUUCAUUACAUGCAACACUUUUUAUAGUUAGUUUUAGUUUUAAUAAA